UUUGCGACGUGACGGAACGAUCAAGCAGACGGACACAAAAAGCUGACGCUCUUCCGGCCAGCUCAGCGUCAGUCUUGCGUGUGUCCAAGCUGUCUUGUCACACGACAAUAACCUCCACUUCUUCCUACUAAUAUAAUAUCUUAGGCGGGCAGAGAUGGUGCUGCUGACCAUGAUCGCCCGGCUGGCUGACGGCCUGCCGCUGGCCGCCUCGAUGCAGGAGGACGAGCAGUUGGGCCGGGAUCUGCAGCAGUACCAGAGUCAAGCCAAGCAGCUCUUCAGAAAACUCAACGAGCAGAGUCCCACACGCUGCACUUUGGAGGCGGGCUCCAUGUCGUUUCACUAUGUUAUCGAGAAAGGAGUGUGCUACCUCGUCCUGUGUGAAGCGAGCUUUCCCAAAAAGCUUGCCUUUGCUUACUUGGAGGAUCUGCAGGCCGAGUUUCAUGAGCAGCACGGGAAGAGGGUGCCCACUGUGUCCCGGCCUUACUCCUUUAUUGAGUUUGACACUUACAUCCAAAAAACCAAGAAGGCCUACAUAGACAGCCGAGCCAGAAGGAACCUGGGCAGCAUCAACACGGAGCUGCAGGACGUGCAGAAGAUCAUGGUGGCCAACAUCGAAGAGGUGCUGCAGAGGGGAGAGGCGCUCUCUGCACUGGACUCCAAGGCCAGCAACCUGUCCACCCUGUCCAAGAAGUACCGCAGCGACGCCAAGUACCUGAACACCCGCUCCACCUACGCCAAGCUGGCCGCCGGCGGCGUCUUUUUCAUCAUGCUCAUCGUCUACGUGCGCUUCUGGUGGCUCUGAGCUUCAAGGAGGGAAACGUACGCGAGCGAUUCGGCAUCUCCAAAAAAACCAAAACCCUUUCACUAAAAGCGGCAUCCUUAAUAUGACCUUACAAACAAUAUCACCUCCCGUUUAGUUGCGCGCGCUCUGAUAGCGUAUUGCAUCACACUUUCAUAAUAGUGGAAAGUGGGUGUUGUUGAGGGUGAUGGCGUGCAAAAGUGGAGGGAAAAUGAAGGGACUUUUGUUGUAAAUUUCCACACCUUUCCAAGCUGCUCAGUAACCACCUUACAUACUGUAUCGUGUCUAGUAGAAAAUCCUGAGUGGGUAUUGCUAAUCCUAUUCACUAUUUGACUGACGUACCGAUAAUCGGAUCAUAACACCGUUUAAUAUGUUAUUUUUAUUUCUAUUUUAAUGGCAGAUUAUUAUUUUCCCACCAUAGUGACAUUUCUAGCUUGACCAGCAACCUUGAAAAAAACAGUGAAAAAAGAAAGAUGAUAAUAUAUGCUCUCCCUUUUUAUCUUGUACAAAGUUUAUUCAUGUAAAUGCAAAAGUGGCUUCAGGCUGAGCAGCAAACACAAACCAGCUCUUUUUUUCUGUUUGUCUGCUCGCGAUGAUGAAUAAAAUGGUUUGCACAGCA